UUUCCCUCUCGUGCUCAAGAUCAAGCUUUGUCGCUCUUCACGACCAUGAAUAGAUUAACUCUUCGACCCUUGGAGAUUUUCAAGGUAUAAGUACCUUAGGGUCCUGUUUCUUCCCACCAUAUCUGUUCCGUCACUCAUCACCGUCGCCAUCUCGAACCCUCCUCUGCACAUAACUCGACUCAUACAUCACCAUGUCGAGGAAGAAAAAGCCAGCAUCCUCAAGUCGAAAGACCACUCCAGGCUCAUCAAAGGCCUCUAGCAGAAAGAACUCUCCAUCACCCAGAAAAUCAGCUCUACUGUCUCACGAGCCUAUGCCAGAGCCAGUACAAGUAAUCGUCGAUCCCGCACAGCCUGAAGAGGAGGAGCCGUGGCGGACACCGAAUGAAGAAGAAAUUAUCGCGGUUGUAAUUUUUAUCGUCAUUUCCUUCACAAUCAACAUAGCUUCCCACAAUGAGUUCAUAAGGGGGUUCCGGGUUUAUUUUGAAGUAUACAUUGGCGAGAGACUACUGGGAUGA